UGAGAGCAAGAAGCGACAAAAGCAAAGGCACUGAGCUAGGAAGCAGUUCCGGGCAUGACGAGAGGACUCUAACUCGAAGCUCUGUACCAAAGAUAUUUUUUAACCUCAAUUUUAGUUCAGGGUUUUUACUUUUUAUAAUUUGAUUUUUUUCUGCACGGAUAAAUUUACAGGAAAAGAAAGCGGGAGACAAAAUAAGAGACAAUGUGGAAUUUAUUGGGAUUUACAAUUGUGACAAUAUGUGUGUGUGCGCAUCAAAUUACAGCGCAAAGACAAGAAAAACUUACAGCCAUGAAUGGAUAUUUAAAAAACAUUAUUGCUAAUGCACAAAUAAUGCAAGCUAUGGUGCAGGCUGAAUUGGGACAAAAUAUUCCAAACCCAAAACCGAAUCCCGUGUACGACAACUUCCUGGAAGCCGGUGAGAUGAGACUCCAAGUCUUGGAGGCCAGUACCGCGGCCUUAAAGACGGCCAUUGGAUCACCCAAUAAAAACUGUGAAGUCACGCCCCCUCCGCCCCCAACCAAUGUCAUCGCCGAGUCAGCCACCAUGGACAACGUUUCCUCCAUUGUUGUCCGGUGGGACCCCCCGAAUCCCGUGCCAGACAAUCUCCAGUACAAGGUGUACUUCUCCGCCAUUGACGAGAGCGGGUACCAGGCCGCGGGGGAGGUCGUUUUCAGGAUCUGUGACUCUACCCAAACAAGCGCCUCCAUUACGGACCUGUCCCCCCGCUCUCGAUACCAAGUUAGGAUAGGAACAGUUGCUGGUGUUGUGUCCGAGUCUUCCAGUACUCCGGAGCUUAUUGAAACCCCUGAUAUCAUCCCAUCCAUGCCAACAAACGUAAUAAUGGAGGCCAUCAGCCCUAACAGCGUCGCCUUAAAGUGGGCUCCUCCAGAUAUCGCCGGUGAGAUCACUGAAUACGUCAUUUACUAUAUGGAGGAUGGUAACCCACCCGUGAUGACCGACGUCGUGUCCCCUCCCGGCCAAUAUCACACCGUCGAAGAUCUGUCGGAGGGAACCCGCUAUGUGAUGGAAGUGGCUGCGAGAUCCAACAAUGGAGAGGGACCAAAGAGUGUUCCACAGGAAGUCCGCACCAUUGACUUCAACCCACCACAUCCAUUAAACUUGAACUGCACUGCCGUCAACAAGACGACUGUCAUUUUGACCUGGGAACCACCCGUUUUACUGGCCGGUGACGGCAUAAUUCGAGGAUAUAACAUCAAUUACACUGACUCCAGGUACAGAGAGUUCUAUUUGUACAAGACAAAAGAUGCUUCUAUCGCCACAGCUGUUAUAGACAACCUGGAGCCCGCUACUAUGUACUACUUUCAAGCGUCUUCAAGAACCAGAAAAACGUUUGGAGGAGGCGGUGCUGUCGUCAUGUGUCAGACCAAAGCAGACGCGCCUACAGCCCCUAGAAAUGUCCAGCUGGAACUUUCCCGCAUUGAGCCACCUCAGCUGACCAUGAGAUGGAUACCUUCACUACAUACAUAUGGCCCACUUAAAAACUACACUCUCCACUGGGGCGUCAAAAAUGGAGCCCUUAGAAAAGAACUAAUUGACCCAACCCGACUUAGAUGGAUCUCAGAUUUCCUAGAUGACGACACAGUCCAUGAAUUUAAAUUAUAUGCUGUGAAUGAUGUUGGGUUUGGUGAGCCAGCCAUUCAAACGUUUAAGACACCAAAGCGACAGACCAUCGUUCCUCCAAAUGUCACCGUUGAUCGAGUAAAGGGAGACUAUAACACAACCAUGCUGCAGGUUAGAUGGGACCCGCCUCUUCAUCCGGUGCAAGGAUACGACAUUUUGUACAGGAAGUUUGAAUGGGUGUACAGUGGUCGUUGGCACCUAAAGGAGAUUAAUGAUCCAACAGCGCUAGCAUCGGAGAUCAUCGUCAACAAACCCGAAAACUCCUUUAUCGUCGUAGUCCAAGGAAAACCAGUCCGAGGUAGACCCCCGCAUUUCCAACAACCGAACUUUGGUGGUCCCAUGGGAAAUAACAACAUGGGGCAACCCUCAAUGAACAGAGGUCAAGGAGGCCCGGGUCGUGGCAUGAACCCUGGUCCGGGUGGAAACCAGAUGAACCCUGGUCCGCGCGGAAAUCAGAUGAUGGGAGGACAAAAUCCGUUUAGAAAUAACAAUAUGGAAAUGCAAGGUAACCAGCCCCAAGGGCAGUCUCUGUCCGUGUCCUCCAUGUCUAAUCCCGGCAUGCCUCAGCAACAGCAAAUGCAGGGAGGUUUUGGAGGACAAAGGUUUAGGCCUUAGUUAAAGAAAGCUUUGGAGAGAGCCUGGAACUAGAUUGAAAUUCAUUUGAUUGUGAUGAAGAUCGAUUUAACAUCUUUGAGAGAAAAUAUAAUUUAUAAAAAAAAUGUACAAGAACAAUACAUUUUCUAUUGUUAUAGGACAGACAUAGUUUUGCAUAUAUUUAUUAUUUCGAAGUAAAAAUUGGUUUAGAUAUACAGAAUUUAGAUCAAUGUAUUUAUAUGUUCUUGCAACAAGAGAUUCUCUUUGCAUGACCUUAUAUAGCAUUGCUUUAAAUGGUAUUGAAAUCCGAUUUUGGCUUUUUCAGGGUAAUCCCUCUUUGCAAAGUAAACCCUUUGGAGAUGUGAGUGAUGCUCAUAUUCUCUCUAUUUCUUCUACAAAAUGACAACUCAUUACACUGAGAUGGUGUGCUCAUCAACGUUCAAGCCUUUUAAAGGAACAGGUGGUAACCAUUUUGGAUUUUUUAUGGAGUUUCCAAAAUAAUGAGACUUUUAACAAUUUGCUGAAGACAUUAUUUAACGUUGUCUUGUGCCCAUUACGUUUGAAAGGAAUCGGAAACAUUUUUCAACACUUCUCCUGUUGCAUACCUGUGUACAAUGUAUAUAUCGUAUGGUUUAGUCGAAAUAGUAAUAAAAUGACUUAUUUUUAGAAAAUAAGGCUGACAAAAUGUGUUUCUAUAUAGUAAGUUAUAUACUUAAGAUGCAUGUUCACGUUUGUAAUACAUAAAACACUGUGCCGGAUAAUUAUGCCAGUGCCAAGGUAGUAUUUUUGACGAUAUCCAAAAAUACACAUUCAAUGUUUAUAUUUAUAUUCAUACUGAUGGCCAUUUGUAUAACAAAUAUGUGUAUCGUCGCUGUAAAGCCAUUAUAUAUGCCCUCAGUCAGGGAUAUGAAACAUACAUGGAACAGCCAUAUUGACAUGUUAUUUCGAUGGCUUCCGCGACUAAAGAUAUAGUACCAAAAAAAAUGUUUGUGCUCAUGGCGCAUGAAUUAGCAAAGUGUAAUAAUAGGACAUUGAACGUCGGUGAUUUCCAUUGCAAACAUAAGGGGAAAUAUACACUGAAUGUAAAUAUUAUUGUAUCGAACUUGUCAAGUGAGAUAUUCACCUUUAAAGAAGAAAUUGCUACAGGAAAAUUAUUUUUCCCAUCGGAAAAAUAAAUUUCCCAUAGGAUAUUUUGAAUUUCCUUCCAGAAUAAAAGAAAUUCUCAUUGGAAUUUAAAUUCCGAUAGAAUUUUAAAAUCCGAUAGAAAAUCUUUAUUUCCUUUGAGAUAACUAGCUGCCUGAAUCAAAUUACUGUAAAAAAUACUUUUCUUCCAUGGAAAUUUAUUUCCAAAAGAAUUUAAAUAAAAUAUGUCCUAUAGGAGAAUCAUUUCUCCUAUGGGAAUUAUUGUUUUCAUAUAGGAUAUUAUUUUUUGAAGAUAAUUAUCUUUAUAGUGAGACCCACUAAAAACAAAAGUGGUUAUAUACUCUCUAUACAAUGGUCUCUCAUGGAUUUUUAUCAAACUUCAUUUUAAGCGGAUGCAAAACUGCCAUCUUGGCACUGGCAUAAUUAUCCGGCACAGUGUUAUAAAUGAAUUCAACGAUGGAAAAUAUUAUAAAUGAAUAUAAGGGUUUAUAUAAGCGUUGAGGAACAUGAUCAAUGAUUAUUUUUUAGUUGUAAUGUUUUCUAUAUAUUACAUUUGUACCGCAUUUAGUAUUUUCCGUAUCAGGCGAUUAUUAAGGAAUUUGCUCUGUAUUUUCCAUAUUCAUUUCAUUUCAUAACACAAUUAUAUAAACAGUUACUCUCCUCUUCGUACACAUAAAAAAAGUAAACUCGCAUCAAUAAUUUUAGCUUUAUGUUACCUAUAGAAAAAUGUAACAGAUUAGACGGACCACUUGUAUCCUGACUCUCAACUUCCAACUCUUAAUUAAAGGUAACAUAAAUGUGGCGUAGUUUUAGUGAAUAACAAUAAAAGGAUCUGAUUAUU